AUUAAGAAAAACCCUUGAAUGAGUAGGUGUUCUAAAACCUUUGACUGGUAGUGUAUAGACACAUUUCCCUAUUGUGUUGUAAUAGUUAUUUUACAAUAUUGACUUGUAUAAGGAUAUACUGUACAUUAGGAUACAUUCUAAAAUGUAUACAGUAAUAAUGACAGUGACAUUUGAACCAUUACCAAUGACUGUAUAUAACCAGUGGGCAUAGUAUACACUGCACCCUCAGUGUUGAUAUGCACACAUUCAAAUAUGUUUAAUGAUUUGUGGGACUAUUUACUGCCUCAUUUUAAUUAUCAAUCAGACAUAGUUAAGAUCAACUGCUUUUGGUUUCGAAAAGCACAGUUAGUUAAGGCUUAAGGGCAUGGCUUACAAACAUUAAAUAUAUCAGAUUUUAUGGAAAUACAGUAUAUACUGUAGUCAUGGAUAGACUGAGGCAUGUCAGUGAAUGUAAAUCAAUGUUGUUUUCAGACAUUAGGGGGUGGUAUAUGGAUUCACUACAGUAAAACGGAUACAGUAGUUAGGGGACAGUUGACUUGAGGUCAUGUUAUGUAGCCCGCAGUUGGUCCCCAAAGUUAUGAGCUACACACAUGCACGUCAUGCAACAGUCGUCGCAUAGGCCACGUGAGUUAACCGUGCAUGUAAAUGCACUCCAGAGCGCACCCUUCAUAGAGUAAAACAAUUCACUUGGUCAAGUAUAGCUGCUUCCUUUGUCCUGAAUUCUGUCAUAUGAAUACAAUUUGGUUUGGAAAUACGCAUUUAAGACUCAUCAGAGUGUAUCGAGUUCAUGUAAAGGUGUCAACUAAACGCGUCCAUGUGAUCGGAAUUCACACCAUGCACAAGGACUAGAGGCACGCAAAGAAAGAGAGAGAUGGGGGGCGAUCGUUCAAGAUAGGAGAGCGAGCGAUACAGUCCUUGGAGCUAGCAAACGAGGUGAACUCGGGGCCUGCCUGUGCUACAGACGGCCACGGACCCUGCAAACUUUACAUCUGAAGAAAUAACGCUGUGCCGACUACUGACUGUACCCUUUUAUGGAGGACCGACAUACCGGAUGCUGCAUUGAUUGCACACAGAGAGCCUCCCACUCCUUUCAUCAUUGAUGCGCUCUCUCCAGCUGCAGCAGCACUUGUUGAAUUCAGCCCUGGGAGAGGGAGAAGAUGUCCCUCUCACUGAUCUUGUCUGUGGUGACUCUUUAAAGCCUCUCUUCCUCCUCCUCUUCCUCCGCCACCAUGUCCCAGAUGCUCCACGUGGAGAUCCCCAGCUUCGGCAGCACCGUGCUGGGCUCCCUCAACGAGCAGCGCCUGCUGGGCCAGUAUUGUGAUGUCUCCAUCCUGGUUAAAGGCCAGCCCUUUAAGGCCCACCGGGCUGUACUAGCCGCCAGCAGCCUCUACUUCCGAGACUUGUUCAGCGGCUCAUCCAAGAGCCAGUUCGAGCUGCCCUCAUCGGUGACUCCCGCCUGCUUCCAGCUGAUAUUAUCCUUCUGCUACACGGGCAAGCUGACCAUGGCAGCCAGCGAGCAGCUGGUGGUGAUGUACACCGCCGGGUAUCUUCAGAUCCAGCAUAUUGUGGAGCGGGGCAUGGACCUGAUGUUCAAGGCCAACUCGCCCCACUGCGACUCCCAAACGGCCGCUAUGGAGGAGCAGCAACCAGGCUCAGAGCCCCAGAGUCCCAGCAACAACACCCUGGCUGGGGCAGGGACCUCCAUCCUGGGGCCGCAGGGCUGGUCCCCCUCCCUGGUGCUGCCCACACGGAAGAUCAAACUGGAGGGAUGCGAUCCGACCCCACUGGGGUUGCCCAGCCUGAGUCAUCAUAAGAGAGGGUCCUCUUCAUCUGAGCUAGGGGGGCGGCUCUCCAGGGGGAGCUCAUUGUUUUACACAGGGUCGGUCGGGACCACCAUCUUCCCGGGGAUGCAGCCCUACCCAGUGGCCGGGGGAGAGAGGUCCAGUCCUGGGGCCUCCAGCCUGCCCACCACAGACAGCCCCACCUCCUACCAGAACGAGGAUGAGGAGUUUGAGGAAGAGCCGUACGACGGGAUCACGGAAGAGGCCUACAGUCAGAUCUAUGGGCGCUCAGCUAACCCAUACGGAAUCCAGGACAAGCCAGAGAUGGCAGCCAUGCCCCUGUCCCUGGAGAACCGCUCCUGUGUGCUGGUCCGUAGGGACCUGGUGGCCCUGCCCGCCAGCCUCAUCAGCCAGAUCGGAUACCGCUGCCACCCCAAGCUCUACACUGAAGGAGACCCGGGGGAGAAACUGGAGCUGGUGGGAGGUACAUCUGUGUUCAUGACACGGGGCCAGCUGAUGAACUGUCACCUGUGUGCUGGCAUCAAACACAAAGUCCUACUGCGUCGCCUGCUCGCCACCUUCUUCGACAGGAACACCCUGGCUAACAGCUGUGGAACUGGCAUCCGUUCCUCUACCAGUGACCCCAGUAGGAAACCUCUGGACAGCCGUGUGCUAAAUGCUGUCAAACUCUACUGUCAGAACUUUGCGCCCAACUUCAAGGAGAGUGAGAUGAACGUGAUUGCCGCCGACAUGUGCACCAAUGCGCGGCGCGUCCGCAAACGCUGGCUGCCCAAGAUCAAGUCCAUGCUACCCGACGGCAUGGAGGUCUACCGGGCCGGUGUGGGGGUGGCCGCUGGCGUUGGUCUGGGCCUGGCCCUGGGAGCCGCCGGACCCGGGGUGGUGCUCCCCUUCGAAACCGACUUCAAAUCCCUGACCCCCUCUAGCCUUUCCCUGGACCAGAGGCUGUACCCGGAACUCAAGGACCCGCUCAGGACUCACGCCCUGUUGGACAUGGGCAGCCCGGGAUCGGGGGUGGCUAUAGGGGAGGACGUGGACGCGGAGAUCGUUGGUUCCCAGGCAGGGGGGGAUGAGCAGCAGGAGGAGGAGGAGGAGAUGGGGUUGGAUGGUGUGGAGGGAACGAUGAUGCCGGGAGGCGAAGCCGGAGAGCGGGGUGACAUGGCCCCGGGACAGGAAGGGGAGGAGUUUUGAGAGGGCCUGAUAGUGAACGGGCAGUGAACAUCCCCUGACUACUGUCUCCGAUCCGCCACACUUUGUCUAUCGCUUGCUAUUUCUUUUCUCCUCCAUCUCUUGUCCUCCUCCACGCUCUCCAAAGGGAACCUCUCAGCACGAGAAGCCACGCUUGCAGAACUUACAGUACUGUGCAAUGAACAAACACACACACUGCAGUGUAUUCUUUAGCAGGGCAGGGAGUACAAGAAGUACAAGAUUUUUUAUGCUGAACAGACACAGGCAUUGCUGGGGAACAAGCAGAAUGACUUAGCGAAUAUAAGAAAUCUCUCAUUUAAACAUGGAAAAACAUUACUACUAUUUCUCCAGAUUAUUUUUUGUGUUCUGGUUCAUCUUCAAGACCCCAUUGUAGAAAACUCAACAAAGUAACGCUGUUGUGUUAUCAUUCCUGCAUAGUAGUAGAACUUGCUACGUAACAGUUUACUGUACAUCUAUGGAAUGGAUCAGAUAAGACUGUAAAAUUAUAGCCCUCUUUCUUGGAAUAGAUAGAUAGAUGUAUUUGAUCAUUUAAAACACAAUACAACCACACAUGUGGAUAAUGCAUUUAAAAUCAUCAAGUUUGACACAAAAAAGUUUGAAAACAUAUCUCCAUUGUGAUUAUCUUAAAUAAAUGGUUAAAACAUAAACAUAGUAAUCCUAGGGUAAACAGUAGACCUAAACUACUAGGCAUACUUGGGUUACAGAUAUAAUAAUAAUUAAUACAUUAUUAUUUAACCUGUAUUCCGUUUUUCAAAGGAAAGCAGAAUGGGUUCUGAAAAUAACCUCAGUAACGCUGAAGCAGCUUACACUGCACUGGCUGUGUGAGAGACUGAACAUACAGUUCUCUACAGGAACAACAUGGAUCAGUGUAUUUAAUACAAAUGACCAUAUUCCUUCUUUAAGUGCCACACAAAUUCUUGGAAGAAAUCAUAUCAUCUCAUCUCAACAUACAGAGCAACAAAUCAGUUGAACAAUUGCAUGUGGGGUAAAACCAAGCAUGUGAUUUUGUGGCAGAGAAGAGAAACUUUUAACCUCUCAUCCUGUUGCUUAAGGGUUGUGGUUUUCCAACUGAUUGAACAAGUGAUCUGGAAAUAUGAAGGGCUUUUUUUGUCUAUGGAUCAUCCUUAUACAAGAUGAUUUCUUCUAUUAGCCAGUCAAUGCAAUGCCUGUGACUUUUGGCGGAUAAACUCACGUAUAUACACACACUGUUCCCACACACCUUGUGAUUUUAACAUCUGAUACAGUACAGAUGCAUCUGAGACACUGACCAACCAGCUUAACAGUGUUUGCAUCAUUUAGCAUACCUUUACAAAGAAACACACAAUAUCACAAUGCCAGAGACACAAACAUGCACUAACACAAAGCUUGCAUGCAAAAUGAAUACAGAGACUCAACAACAACAACAAAAACAGAGCCAUUUAUGAAUCUGCAUACAGAAAACAAUCAGCAGUUGCCUGAAGAUAGAUCAUUAAUAGGAGAGACUAGUAUACGUGUUUCUCUUCGGAGUCAUGCGUUUGGCCUACAUUUGGCCUACGUUUGACUCAGAUUAGUGUAACCUGGGUUUGGCCUUGGCCUGGGGUGGAGGCAUGCUAGAGACAUGCUGGAAAGAAAGGAUUAGCACUAAGACUACAGCACCCAGCCUACAGCUUCCUUUCAUCCUCCGACAAUUUUUGUUGUUGUAAAUUAUUGAAUGAAACUAAUAUGAGGCAUUUCUGCUGGCUUAUUUGAAGAGGUUAUAGGGAGGGAUUGAUGGUAAACUUAUGGAGCUGCUGAGAUAUGACUGUUCUAAAGAAGUAACUGACAUUUGCCCCCUUAUCUUGGAAGGUUUGAGGUUAGUGGACUUGGACGGCCGGUCAUGCUGACGACGACAGUUAGGGAGAUGAGAGACAAAAUGUUGCACAGCGGCAUUUACUUGUUUUGUCGCACUUUUUAUUUUUAUAUAUUUAGUCUGUUCUAGCUGUUCAUUUUUGCCACAAGUAGGGAUUCUAAAUGGAAGGGUUGCUUGGGGUAACAUAUUGAUAGGCCUAUCAGACACCCACACUGUAUGUAUGUUAUAGUUUAUGAAUGUGUACUUAAUCUAAAACCUGGUUAAAAACAUGAGGUUUCAACAACUCCCAAAACAGUAAUUUGAAUGAACAGCCUUUUUUUGUUGUUUUAUAAUUGCAUGAUGGGAAAGCACAUCAUGUUUGUUAGAUAUUAUUGUUCUGGAAACAUCUAUAUUUACUAAAAAACAAGAUUGAUCUGGUUUCAGAAACAAAUCUAUUUUUGUCCCCAAUGUCAUUCGACUUCAGCUUACACUGGGCCAACUUUCAAAACGRUGGCAUGCUUUGGAUAACAUAACAAUGAAACAAGAGAGAACAAACAAGAUCACAUUUCCUCUUUCCAAUGCUUUACUAUAUGUGCCAUUUUCAAGAUUGGGCCAGUUGUGUUGUGUUUAAUAUAUAUAUAUGAUCCUGUCAUAUGGUUAUUUUGGGUAAGCUUUAGUGUGGUGCUGUUUCUGUAAUAAGGAGCCCAGAUGUAUAAUUGCACUAGCUAGGAAAUGAGAAAAAAUACGUUUACAAGAGUAUUGUUGGAGAAAUGUGACCUGCAAGGAAGGGGGAUGAGUGAAUGGUUGUUUGAGACUGUGGGUGAAUGUAAACUGUAGCACUGCUUCAGCUGGUUUCUAGCCUUGGUAGAGCAUAGGAACAGUACUGUACAUUAAAGUACAGGAUCUUGAUGCCACAAGAUACAAUUAUUUUCUAGCAGCUUGUACAGUGUUGUAUCUGCUCAUAUAAAGUGGGCCGGAGAAUGGAAUAACAUGAAGUUAUUUGAAAGAAAGGGUGACUGACUUUCCGUCUUAAGUGCACUGGAGCUGCUGUGUGAUUUCAAUAAAGAAGGAUUGUGAAGAUGUCUGCCGAUGUCGGUGAAUACCCAAAUAUACAGUCAAACUUG